UUUCCUUGACAACAAAAAAUGAGAAAGUAAAUUCUUUUGAAUUUUUCAAGGGAAUCGUCGCCGAUGCGGUGAACUUAGAGCGGGAGUUGGUGGGGAUGAACGGUGAUCUGAUGAGUCAAUACAUCGAGUUUGUGGCUGAUCGGCUUCUGGGUGCAUUGCAAACCCGUUUGAUUGGAUGGAGCUGAUCUCCCUGCAAGGAAAGACCAAUUUUUUCGAGAAGAGGGUCGGGGAGUACCAGAAGGCUUCGGUGAUGUCGAGCUUGAACGGGAAUGGAGGAACUCAUGCGUUCAAAAUGGACGAAGAUUUCUGAUUUUCUUGUUUAGGAUACUGUCUGUUUGUAAAAUUUAUUGUUAUUUGUUUGCCCUGUUCAUUUUCUCCCUGGAGAAAUGAUAGAUAAAUAUAAGUAAUCCUGUUCUCCCUCAUGUUUAUUUCUAUUUUCUUUCACAAUUGGAGGCAUCGUCGAAACACAGCCUUAAAGUUUCAUCGACAUUUGGAAAUCUCGUACCAUGCGACCACACCAAUGUGUUAUAUCAUUUGUCAAUGUGAGGCAGUGAGUGAGACGGUGUCGUUUUAGCGCCUUAUCGGCUUAUCCUAGCGCACCCCUUUUCACCCCCAUUUUCUCUCGUUUUAUUUUUCCUGGAAAAGGUGAGAAAGUGAUGUAAAGGGGUUCGGUAAUUGAGUCUGCGGGUAAGAAGCAUUGCGUAACUGCGUUUUUAAUUUUCGAUACUGUUUCUACUCACCCUCUACAAUGUGGGGCUCAUCUAUGGCCGCCGCGGGGUUGCAGAGCUCGGGAAUGCUGUCUCGAGAACAGUUGCUUCAUCUCUUCGCUCGCUUUUCUUUUCUUACCUGCCAACCUGGCGUGAAAAAACGGAUUGCAGAUGCUGUGAAGAAUAAGGAGGAAGCUGUUGCUGCAACCACUGCAAUCCAAGAGGAUAUAUUUUUUGAGAUGGGAGUUGAUCCAAGCUUUGGGUUAGCUUGCCUGGGCAAAGUACAUGCGGUUUAUGAGAAUGAUCUGGAUUUGGUGGUUCGCUUUUAUACAUUCCUUGCAGUGGAAGAGAUGGCAUGCAAGGAGGCUGAGCUGGGAUCAGACAAAUUUGUUGAGAGAAUGCACAUGCAGCACAACUUACAGGAACAGCAACUUGAGAUGCUAAGACACAUGCGCAAAUUUCACCUGGAUGAUCAGUAUGCAAUCCUUGAGAAGUUGCAUCAGCAGAUGGAGGAGGCCAAUUUUGAAUGUGGGGCAUCAGUUUUGUCUGGGGAACAGAUUCAAGAGGUAGUUCGAAGGAGGAUAUGGCCUGUAUUUAUGCCCAGGUAGAUUGAAGAUGUUUUCUAGAUUUUCAUUCUUAAGCAGAAUUUUCUUAUUUGUAUCCUCUGGGAAAAAAGAGUGCUGACUUGCUUUAGUGAUUCCUUGUGAGAUGCAGAUUGAAACUUGUGUUCGUAGUUUGUUAACUCUUCUUUAUCCUUUGAAAAUUAUUAAUUUGGAAAUGAAGGGCUUUUUCUUAA